AAGGCACCCACUGUCAGAGGAAACAGCGGUAGCUGCCCAUUGAUGGAAGGGCUGUCCCUUUGCUCUGAAGGAGGACAUGCUGAAACACCUUUUUAAUACACCUUCCAUUCUGAGCUUCAGAAAAGAUUAACAUGAACAAUAGCAGAGAUAAACUUGAGGUGAUUGUUUUCUUGGUUGUGCUGCCCUGGAGUUAGCUGCAGAGCUGACCGCUGGAAAGGCACAGUGCAGGAAAACACUCCUGUACUGCAGUACUGUUAUUUCACACUUGCCUAACCAUCUAAGAUGUAUCUCAGCUGAGUGAAGAUUGCAAGAUUCUGAGAUGAUUUGACCUGUGAUGGAGGAAUGCUUCUGGGAAACUGCUGGAGGAUUUCAGCACAGUGGUGUCUCUGCCCUUACUGAUCUGUGUUGAAGUGCAAAAUGAACCACACUUGGACAUACAACCUGAGCUUUGGUGCAUCUACAGAUCCUGUUGAGCCAAGGGCUGGCCUUGCACGAAGUGGGCACAUAGUAGUAGCUGUUUUUCUUGGGUUCAUCUUUGUUUUUGGUUUCUUCAAUAACUUGAUUGUCCUCAUCCUCUUCUGCAAGUUUAAAACCCUCCGUAACCCAGUCAACAUGCUUCUGAUGAAUAUCAGUAUCAGUGAUAUGUUGGUGUGCAUCUCUGGCACUACCCUUAGUUUUGCAUCUAACAUACAUGGCAAAUGGAUUGGAGGGGAGCAUGGUUGUAGAUGGUAUGGCUUUGUCAACUCCUGCUUUGGCAUUGUGUCCCUGAUCUCCCUGGCUGUCCUGUCCUACGAACGCUACAGCACACUCACCCUGUGCAACAAGCGCAGCGCUGACUACCAGAAGGCAUUGCUUGCAGUUGGUGGUUCAUGGAUUUACUCCCUGGUCUGGACUGUGCCCCCUCUGAUUGGUUGGAGCAGUUACGGGGUAGAAGGGGCAGGUACAAGCUGUUCAGUGCGCUGGUCCUCGGAGUCAGCAAAGUCCACAUCCUAUAUCAUCUGUCUCUUCAUAUUCUGCUUGGUCAUCCCUGUGAUGGUCAUGAUGUACUGCUAUGGUCGCCUCCUUUACACUGUCAAACAGGUUGGAAAAAUCCACAAGAAUGCUGCCCGCAAAAGAGAAUACCAUGUACUGUUCAUGGUGAUCACUACAGUUAUCUGUUACCUGGUGUGUUGGAUUCCCUAUGGAGUUAUAGCAUUACUUGCAACAUUUGGUAAACCAGGUGUGGUGACUCCAGUUGCAAGCGUCAUACCUUCCAUCCUAGCAAAAAGCAGUACUGUUUGCAAUCCCAUUAUCUACAUCCUUAUGAAUAAGCAGUUUUACAAAUGCUUUCGUCAGCUUUUCCACUGCCAACCUCCUUCUGCCACUGAUGGAGAGCCCACCUGCCACUCCAAGGUAACCGUUAUCCAGCUGAAUCAGGGGACGGAUGGUGGAAAUAUAUGCAAUAAUGAACCACGUUCAGAAGCAGUAAAAUGACUUCUCUCCUGCACCCAGAGCCAAACCUGGAGCCUGGAGUUUCAAAAGCUCUACCACCAGUCUCUUAGGAAAACUGGCUCUGACUGGAAGUACAGGCCUUAACCACAGUGUGUUUCAUUUCACUGCCAUGUUUACCCAGCUAACCUUAACAUUCAUAAAGGAAGUCGCUAU